UACACCAAAAAUAUUCUUUGCAUUUUAACAAACAAAUAAACGAAAAAGACCAAAGUGCCGUGCAAGCUGAAUUUCUUGAGGAAAAGUAGUUGGAAAACUCAAGAAUAGGAAUAAGCAUAAGCCCAGGGAAAUAACACAUUCAAGAUACUAAUAUACACAGAGACUUAUCUUUUUUGGUGGUGGUGUGUAGCAAGCCUCCUUGUCAGCAAAACGGACAAGGGGAAGGACACGAGAAGUAGCUGUAGAGGCAGGUCUAGAACAGCAAUACCGUACCGACGCGUCGGACACGGACGGGCAGCAACUAGUUGUUAGACCCUGCACCCUCCAUCCCUAGUUGGAAGAGCGAGCACUGUCUUGCAGAGUUGUUGGGGCGUGCGGCCGUGUGUGUGUGUGUGUGUGUGUGCUAGUGUGUGUGUGUGGGGGAAAGGCCAACAAGGUUCAAACCCUCAGCAACAACAGCCGCAUCUCAUCGGGAAACUCCAACCAGCUCCAGCUCCAGCUCCAGCUCAAACUCCAACGCAAACUCAAACUCCGGGACUGAAAGUAGACAAUUGAUUAUUGAUUUUGUCUAAGGCUGCGCUGUGUGGAACUUCGCAGCUUAACAGGCCGCAAAACAAACUUGGCACAACACGGCCCCGAGGAAAGACAGCAGCAAAAAGCAACAGCAACAGCAGCAGCAACAGCAACAUCAGAGAAGGAGAGACGAGACAAGAAAAACUGCGAGAAGAAAGUGCAAGACAAAAACCCGUUGAAAAGCAGCCGAGGCGCGGGACGACAGCGCAAGAAACAGCGAAACUAACUGUCGCUUGCCUGUGUUGGGCAAUGCUAGCCGUAGGCCGUCACAGUGUUGGGCAGCGGCACGCGGCAUGAAGACCUACAAGAGCUUCGAAAGUGUCAACCGAAUAGAGUAAUUGUAAUCGCCCAGCGACCAACCGAGAGAAAAGCAAGCCAGUACUCUGAAUUGCAGCCCUUUUCCCCCUUUCCAGCGUCUCUGCGUCCCACCGUCUCACCUCUCUUGGUCGGAAUAUUUCGCCCAAAUCUUCUCCCCCAAAUCACUGUCGGGACCUGAGGGACCACUAAACCGUCAAAAUAACUUGUAAAAUUGAGAAACUUCGCCAAAUCAACAAACGGAAAAUGUUCUUCUCGCUGGCUCAGACGUUCGUCUGCGUGCUACUCAUCCAGGGCGGCCUCUACGCGCUGCACCUGAGCGGCAAUGGCGAGAAGUCCCCUCCAUCCUCCACCGUCAUGAUGGGACCGGUGGACGGCACCUCAGACACCUCAUCUUCCUCCUUUAUGGCCUGGAAGCCGCCGCCGCCGGCUCAGCAGCAGCAGCAACACCAUCAACAACAUCAACAACAUCCGGGUGUCGCCCAGUCGGGCGGUGGACACGCCUCGCACCGAUCCGCUGCAGCGGCCGCCUACGACGCCACUACGGUGCGGCUGAACAAGGAGAUCGCGGACAUGGCACAGCUGGAGCGGGAGCGGCUCAUGCUCCUGGCACGGGCAGGCAAGCAGACGGCGGAGAGCAACGGGCCAGCAGGUCAUGGCGGUCGCGGACACCAGUUCAUUGCCGGACGCAUUCAGAUGCAGCCCAGCGAGGAUCUGGAUGUGGGCGACUAUCCGGCGCUGCUGCAGCAGGCAGCCAGGGGCUUCAUAUUCGGCAGCGUGCAGAAGGAGCCGCCUACGCCGCUCGAGGACGACUACGUACAGCCGCAGGAGCUGGAUAGCCAUGCCGUCAAGUACUACGGGCGGGUGGUGGAGCCCGCGGAUCGCGAGGAGGAGGUGGAGCCACUCUACGAGCCUCUGCACUCCUUUGGGGACUUUGACGACUUCUCUGAGCUGGACCAGGAGCCGCACCUCGGCGAGGACGAGCUCCUGCGCGAGCUGGAUACCUAUCAGUACCACGGCAUGGAGGAGGAUUCGCCGCUGCCGGAGAACCCGUAUCGCACCCUGGAACAGCUCGAGCUGAGUGCGCCCGAGUCCAUGCAGCAGCUCUUCGAGCAGGAUCACCGCGACGGGCAUCCGGCCAAGAUGGCUGGUCAUCCGGGCCCCUCCCAUCCCGGAAACUUCAACAUUCGCAUGCAGCAGAAGUGGGCCCGGAAACGGGGUGGAGCCGCCGUUGGAGUCGGACCGGAUAGGCAGCCCUUGCUGCAGCGCAACAUCUUCGGGCAGCACUUCAAGCAGCAGCGUGGACUACUCUCGCUGGCCAACUCCGAGGCCACGGCCAGCAAGCAUCUCAAGGCGAGUACACGUUCCGGUGGCCUCAGUCUCAAUGCUCCCAAGGAUAACGAAAAGCCAGCCCAGACAGCCGCAAGUGGACUAGCAGCAGCCGUCGGAGGCAGUGCCUCUGGUGCCGCCAGUCAGCAGCAGAACAAACAGCAGCACGAAUCCACAUCUGGAGAUGCUCAACAGCAGCAACAGCAGCAGCAGCCGAAUACGCAGGACAAGAAGGAGUCCGAGCAACAGUUGCUGCAUCCCAACCACAAGCGUUCCGGCAGCGUGAACUCCGCCGGAGGGGCAGCGCAGGGCGCCGGAUACGCAGCGCCAUCCAUCUCCCAUAGCGUAGCCAGUCAGUUGAUGCUGCGCACGGCCCGCGGCCAGCGGCAGUACGAUGUGCCACAAAUCGAGUGUCCCACCGCCAUGGAUGGCAUGGAGCGAUUCGCCUGCCCCGUACCCGACCGGCAGGGACGUUACCGCUGCAUAGACGAUCAUGUGCUCUGCGACGGCUUCAUCGAUUGCCCCGACGGCGAGGAUGAGGACCGAAGAUCCUGCAUGUUCUACAAGACGACGAAGGCUCAUUUGGACGUGUUAGCGGAUGCAUUACUGCGAUGGGCGCGAGGGCGUUAGGCUCCAUCCCCCGCCUCCACCCUCCCCCUCCCCCUCCCGCUCACGCAAACACUUCUUAGAGACACAGAUACACAAACUGGAUACAAAAUACACC